AGAGACAGAGAGAGAGAGAGAGAGAGAGAGAGAGAGAGAGAGAGAGAGGAUGGAAGCGGCGGCGGAGGGGCUGUGGGGGCUGGCCGACUACUCGGAGCGGCGAGGGGAGGUGGGGCAUGCGAUCAAGUGCCUGGAGGCGGUGGUGCAGACCCCGACCUCCCUCCUCCCGAUGGUGGAGGUGAAGACCCGCCUCCGCAUCGCCACCCUCCUCCUCCGCCACUCCCACAGCGUCACCACCGCCAAGUCCCACCUCGAGCGCUCCCACCUCCUCCUCAACUCCAUCCCUUCCUCCUUCGACCUCAAGUUCCGCUGCUCCAGCCUCCUCAGCCACUGCUACCACCUCAUCGGCGCCAUCGCCUCCCAGAAGACCAUCCUCCACCGCGCCCUCGACCUCGCCUCCUCCCCUCCCGCCGCCUCCUCCGACCCGGUCGCCGCCAAGCUCUGGUCCUGCAACUUCUACUCGCAGCUCGCCAACUCUCUCAUCAUCGAAGGGGACUUUCGCAACUCGGUGUCCUCCUUAGAGAGCGGGCACCGGUUCGCCGCCGAGCUGGGCUACCCAGAGCUAGAGAUGUUCUUCGCGACAUCUGUUCUGCACGUGCACCUGAUGCAAUGGGAGGAUGAGAGCACCGUAGAAAGAGCUGUGCAUAACUGCGACAGGGCUUGGUCCUCCAUUCAGCUAGAUAGACGAAAAGGCUCCCUUGGUCUACUGUUUUACAACGAGCUGCUGCACAUCUUCUAUUGUCUUCGGACUUGUGACUACAAGGGUGUUGCAGAGCACGUUGAAAGAUUGGAUAAUGCUAUGAAGGCUGAUUCGCAAAUGACGCAGAAUAUACAAGAGCUAACAAGAGAACUUGAUGCUUUGGAUCAACGUCUCUCCCAGCCUGACCUGCACCCGAGGGAUAUAUCAGCGUUGUCUAAAAGACAAGUACAGCUUCAAGAGCAGCUGAAAAGCAUGACUUCUGUAAAUUCAUCUGGGCCUCUGGAACCAGAUCAAUAUAUCAAUAUAAAGCAGCUGUGGGGAGAUAAGCUGGAGCUGGCCCCUCCUCCCAUGAAUGGGGAAUGGCUUCCUAGAAGUGCUGUGUAUGCACUUGUUGAUCUUAUGGUGGUAGUUUCUGGACGUCCAAAAGGACUGUUCAAAGAAUGCAGCAAGAGAAUCGAAUCUGGCAUGCUUAUUGUCCAGGAUGAGCUGGUGAAGCUAGGCAUAACUGACAAUGUGAAAGAGGUGGAUUUGCAACAUUCUGCUAUCUGGAUGGCUGGUGUAUAUUUAAUGCUGCUGAUGCAAUUUCUUGAAAACAAGGUGGCUGUGGAUCUCACACGAUCUGAAUUUGUUGAAGCGCAGGAGGCUUUGGUGCAGAUGAAGAAGUGGUUUACACGCUUUCCAACUAUCUUACAGGCUUGUGAGAGCGUAAUUGAAAUGCUUAGGGGCCAAUACGCCCAUUCAGUUGGCUGUUACAGCGAAGCUACUUUUCAUUACAUUGAAGCAGCAAAGAUAACUGAGAGCAAAUCAAUGCAAGCAAUGUGUCAGAUUUAUGCAGCUGUCUCUUACAUUUGCAUUGGAGAUGCUGAGUCCUCUGCACAGGCACUCGACUUAAUUGGGCCUGUUUACAGAAUGAUAGAUUCUUUCACUGGAGUUCGUGAGAAAACCUGUGUCCUGUUUGCUUACGGUCUUCUGUUGAUGAGGCAGCAUGAUUUACAAGAAGCUAGGAAUCGGCUAGCGAGAGGAUUGCAGUUGACACAUUCUCACUUGGGGAAUCUUCAACUUGUUGCGCAAUAUUUGACAAUUCUAGGUAGUCUAGCACUUGCCUUGCAUGACACUGCACAAGCCAGAGAGAUCUUGAGAUCUUCUCUUACAUUGGCGAAGAAACUUACUGAUAUUCCCACUCAGAUUUGGGUAUUAUCUGUACUAACAGCCUUGUAUCGAGAAUUAGGGGAGAGAGGAAAUGAGAUGGAGAAUGCUGAAUAUCAAAGAAAGAAGGUUGAUGAUCUGCAAAAGAGACUUGCUGAUGCUCAUUCGUCUAUUCACCACAUUGAACUGAUUGAUAAAGUGAAACUUGAAGUUCAAAACUAUCAUGAGCUUGAUGUCAAGCGUGCUCUCGGCUCAUCCAUGGGAGUAAAUCUCGACAUCCCAGAAUCUGUUGGUUUGUCAACCCCAUUACCGACUUCAUCAUCAAGGCUAGUGGAUUUGGACACUGGGAGACGUGGGAAGAGAAAACUUUAGAAUACGAUUUGUAAAUUCUUUCCUUUUGGAAUAGAUUAGUACAAAAGAAUAUGGGAUACAUGUGUAUCAUAAGCUGUGCAAUUGAAAAUUCAUUCCUAACUAA